GCCCAGCGAAAAGAUUGUUUGAAUUUAUAUAUCAAUAUUGAAAGCGUUUGAUUAUUUGAAUUUAUUUCCCUUCAUUUAUUUAGGACACCGUAUAGAAUGACCUACGAUAUUUUUGUUAUGCAAAUUACGUCCACUUAGUGGAGUUCGGUGCAUAGGUACGUUGACGUGUCACUCCAUUUUUGAAAGGUUCAGGAGUCAGACGCCAGUAUCGGCCUCCGCAGUUUGGGGGAAACUUUCUGUUGUUUAAUGUGAUUUAAACGUGGUUUUAUGUCCCGCCAGAAAAGAAUCGAAUAAAAUAUACGUUUAACGACGUUAUAUAUCGGUACGGCGGGAUGUGACGGUUUGUGUUCCUUCUUUCGACUAUCCAUCGCAUUCGAUUCUUUUUCCUGAUCUGGGUUAGAAGAUAGAGGGAAUUCCGGAAACAAUGGCAACCGAGCAAGCAUCUAGGGAUCUCAAGAUCAAGCGGAGAACGGCAAAGGCAAAACUAACUCGGCUGUCGAAUGGUUUGCAACAUUUACUGGAUGAUGACAGGGAUCUUGAUGAGGUAACUGAUAUGUUUAAGGAUUUGAAUGUUGCUUAUCAGGAAUUGGAGGACAGGCACGAAAGGUAUUGUGAGACAAUCGUAGAUGAUGAGGUAUUCAUGACAGAGGAUGCCUGGCUGUCUGAGUGUCAGACAUCAUUCCUUGACAUGCAGAGAAAGGUUAAGGACUAUAGCAAGACUAAGGUUAAGUCUGACAGGUCAACGGAGGAUUCAGUUGUAAACACGGCUACUCCCGAAGUUACUACCAGUAAAUCGGAAGAGGUUUCGUCAUGCAAGGUUCAGGUAGAGCGACCAAAGCUGCCUCGAUUUACUGGAGACGUACGAGACUACAUGACAUUUAAAUCGGAUUUUAAGCAUCUAAUCGAAUCGAGGUAUAGCAAGAGAGAUGCUAUCACAAUUCUGAGAUCCUCUCUAGUGGGAAAACCUCUUGAUCUCAUACGUGGUUUGGGGAACGAUUACGACUCGGCAUGGUCUCAUCUUGACAACAUUUACGGAGACCCGAGAUUGGUAGCUGAUGCUAUCGUAUAUGACUUGGGGAAGUUCCGACCUCUCAAGGAUGGAGAGGAUGGCCGAUUCUGUGACCUUGUUCAUCUUAUCAGGAGAAGUUACAACUCACUGCAAGAAGUAGGUAGGGCGAAUGAUAUGGACAACAAUCAUAUGAUUUCUUUGAUAGAGAGAAAAUUAAGCAGUGAUGAUAGAAAGCUAUGGCUGAGAUUCAUUGACCGAGAGCGAACAGAUGCAUCACUCCAUGCAUUACUUUAUUGGAUGGAACUGGAAUUGAAGACUAGAAUAAGGGCAUCUGCUCCACUUCGUGAUAGUAGAAGUUCUACGAUUGGCCAUAUCUCUCAGGAUGACGGAAGCAAUGAAAGAAAGCCCGAUUUUAAAUGCUGGUUAUGUGAGACGUCUGAUCAUUGGAUCGAUCAGUGCAAGAAAGUGCUUUCGAAAACCCAAGAAGAGCGAUUUCAACUGAUGAAAGACAACAGGGCGUGCUUCAGCUGUCUCAAGAGAGCUGGUAAGGAUCACAACAUGGGGACAUGCAAGCGCAGGAAAAGAUGUAAUGAGGUGAUCAAUACUGGUGAGCAGUGUUCAUCCUACCACCACCCUUUACUCCAUAAGCAGAUUGAGACAGGGAGUGUGGGUGUUGCCAGUAUUACAGGAACACCUGUGCUUCUGCCUGUACUUAAGAUAAAGAUGGCGGGCCCGAAUGGAAAUUGCGAAGGAAAUUGUCUCCUAGACUCGGGAUCUCAGAUGAGUCUCGUAAGGAACGCAGUAGCAGAAGAGUUAGGACUGAAAGGGAAUCCUAUUGUCGCGAAUGUUACCAAGGUCGGAAAUGAAACAGAGGAAUACAACACUAUGCUGUACAAGGUGAAAGUUCAAGGGAUUAAUGGUCAUCAGAGUUACACUAUUUCUGCGGUAGGACUUGAUGUAAUUAAUAACGGCAUUACCCGAGUUAGUGUUGAAGAACUGGGACGGAUGUUCAACCUGAGGAAAGAUGAAAUUCACAGAGGAAGUGGGCCAAUUGAUAUCCUCAUAGGAAUUGACCAUUCCAAAAUGCAUGUAGGGUACACGAAAAUACAAGGGAAUCUCGUGGCCCGUCGCUCGCCGUUAGGCUGGGUCAUUUUCGGAAGUACUACAGAAGGAUACCCAGAAGGAGCAGUUCUCCAUGUCACGAUAAACAGCCCUUUAGAUCUCCGAAAAUCCUUGACAACAGAAGGAAUGAAAGUAUGUAAUGAUCCACAGAGAUGUCAGCACAGUAGGAUGACUGAACAAGAAGAUGAGGAGUUUCGAGUCAUCAGUUCUUCAUGUGAGAAGAUGGAAAAGCAAUGGCUCGACCAAUAUCCUCGGCGGAAAGACCAGUCGCGGCAUAUUCCCCAGAAUGUGAAUGUCGCAGAUGAAGUCAGCAGAUGUGUUAGCCUGGACAAGCUGAAUGACAGGGAGAUGGAAGGUCUUGACUUUCUUUGUAAAACAGUGACAGAACGGCCCGCAGAAGCAAAGCUAGAGGAAAAGCUUCCUGAGGUAGACAGGGAAUUGCGAAUGGAGAGACCAGUUUUGACUGUACAAGAAUCAAAAUCCCAACAUAGAAUCGACUGUCAGCAAUUUUCUAACUGGAGGAAACUUGUGAGGGUGACUUCAUACGUCCUGAAGUUUAUUGGAAAGUUGAAGUCAAAGUCCAAGAGAAUAGUAGAUGAGGACGUCGAAGUCGCCAAUGGUAACCUGACACCAACUGACAUGCAGAAAGGAGAGGACCAUUUGAUAAAGCGUGCUCAUGUAUCUUUGAAGCCCAAAGUAGACAAAGGAGAGCUAAAGGCACUCAAUCCGUAUAGGGAUGAAGCGGGAGUUAUCCGAGUUCGAGGGAAAGUAGAUAGUGCUGACAAGCCAUUUACAAUGAAGCAUCCACCUUUACUCCCUUGCGAACACUGGAUCUCAACCUCGAUUAUUAGGCAUGUUCGUGAUGAUGGUCAUGACGAUGUUGGUACGACUACAGCAAAGGCCAGGAGAAAGUACUGGAUCUUGAAAGCACAUGAUCUGGUCAAGAAGGUAAAGUUCGGAUGUGCAGCUUGCAGAACUUUUGAACACAAACUAGAAUCACAGGGGAUGGCGGAGCUGCAGAGAGGAAGGCUGCAGUCGCAUCCACUGCCAUUCCAAUACUCAUCUUGCAAUUACCAGAGGCCAAUUUGCAGAAUACCCAUAGAGCCUGAUGAGGGGAUCUACUUAAGUCCUAAUGACAUGCUGUUAGGACGAGCUUCAAUUGAUGUAGCUCAACGAGAAAGACAUUGCGUCGAACUGGUACAACGGAUUGUUGACUCAUUCUGGCGUCGAUGGACCAUAGUUAUUCUGCCACUACUAACAUCCGGACGGAAAUGGAACAGGGAUCGUCAGAACAUUCGCGUGGGUGACGUGGUUAUGAUGACAAACUCCAACGCAGUGCGUGGAAAAUGGACAAUCGCGCGUGUCGUUCAAGCGUAUCCAGGACAAGAUGGUAAAAUUCGCAAUGUGAACGUAAAGACAUUAAAUGCAGAAUAUCCCCGACCAAUAACGUAAAUUGGACUGAUAUGUCCUGCGGAAGAAAUGAAGACUAAACUCAAAGAAAAGAAGAAUCAGAAGAUGAAAGGUGAAGAAAGAAGAUGAAGAAAACAAAGAAUAGUAACGUUUAAUGUAAUGUAUGACUCAUGAGACUAACAAUAUCUAAAACAUCUCGAACUAAUCGUGACAAAGUCUAACAAAAUGAAGAGACUAACCAUAAUGUUAAAUACAACACUGAAUGUAACCAUGGUGACGAUAAUUGCAAUGCAAGUUUAACUAAAUAAGAGAAAGUAAGCAUGUAACUUUGUAAUUUGAUAUUUACUAUGUAACUUUAAUUCAAUAUUGACUUUGAAAGUUAAGGACAGGUAAUAUGUGUUGUUAUGAGGAAACAAGACAUUCCUCAUAGGGCGGGGAGGAUGUUUCGCCCAGCGAAAAGAUUGUUUGAAUUUAUAUAUCAAUAUUGAAAGCGUUUGAUUAUUUGAAUUUAUUUCCCUUCAUUUAUUUAGGACACCGUAUAGAAUGACAUACGAUAUUUUUGUUAUGCAAAUUAAGUCCACUUAGUGGAGUUCGGUGCAUAGGUACGUUGACGUGUCACUCCAUUUUUGAAAGGUUCAGGAGUCAGACGCCAGUAUCGGCCUCCGCAGUUUGGGGGAAACUUUCUGUUGUUUAAUGUGAUUUAAACGUGGUUUUAUGUCCCGCCAGAAAAGAAUCGAAUAAAAUAUACGUUUAACGACGUUAUAUAUCGGUA